UAAACGACACCAAAUUGUGGAAAUAGAAUCGCGGCUACUAUCCUACGGACUCCUUGUUCUGCAGGAGCUGUCAUUCCUUCUCCGUCUCCUCGGUCUCCGUGUGUACUCUCCUCUUAAGUAAAUCAAAAUGUAUUCGUUGUACCUGUACCAGUUACCAAAGUCAGCUUAGAAUCUAUUCCAGCCUUCAAAAACUACAAGACACUCCUCAGAAAAAAGGUGGGUCAGUACCAGCAUGACUGCAGCGACGUGACACCAUCAUGGCAGCAGAGCUACCAUCUCUGUCCGCGCCUGAUCCGGCAGCAAGCCUCCACAGUAUCGGUAUGGACGCAAUCCAAUCGCCAAGUUCUAUCCAGCUAUCGGAGCCUAGUCAGUUUUUGCAGCAUGUUGGCGGUCUUGGAGUUGGCCUUGACGCUGCCAUCAACAUGCCUACAAAUGACGCUGGCAGUGUUGUACCCAACAAGAAUGCAGUCGACAAACAAGCGAAAAAACGUGUAGAAGGAGACACGAAGGCAGCUCCUGUAGCCGGAUCGCCUCCGCCGCCACCUCUUCCCGCCUCAUCCUCUGAAAAAAUUACUGAGGGAAAGACUGCGCCGCCCCCGGGAACAUCCUCGGCUGGAGCAGGUGGGACGGUCGAGUAUUUUUCGAUUUCAUCGCCGCGAUCAUCCUCUACCGGCGGAGAGAAUGGGGGCGUUUCGUCAGGAGAACCCUCGCGCAGCAACAGCAUGAGUUUCGAUGUUGACGUCACCGAAGUUACCAGAGCUGCAGAGGUCCCCAUUUCAUUUUUUCCAACAGCAACAUACUUGAACUUGAUGCAUGAUAGGUUUUCUGUUACGCCUAGGCACACAAAAUACAGCAUGAUAUUCUCAAGAAUGGCUCUCUCGAUACGUCACAGCACGUUAAAAAUUUUAGGCACAAGCAUCGGCAGAGGCUGCUUACGAGCACGACCUUAAAGGUGCAACAAUGCCUGUCGGAGAUGAUGGCAGGCUACAUCAGCCACCUCUAGUGCACGUUUCACCCACCUCAGCUACAGGCACAGCAUCCGCCAGUGCACAGGCAGCGCCGAGUUCAUCCCCCUCCCGUCCACGGCUAGUUGCGUUAGGAGAUGGGCCUACGUCGUCUUCACCUCCGACAUCCGGAGUGAGCAAGGCAGCCAUGAGCGAGCAUUCACCAGGCACGGCGGUGGAUCCUUGGCGACGCGUUCAUGAGGUCCAAGAAGAAAAACAAGUCGUCGUCGACUCGUUGCAUCAAGCUUUAGCGUCGCUCGCAGCCGAGAAUGCUGCGCUCAAAGCUAAAGACGCAGAGCGUGGUUCUCUAUUGGAGACAGGGACACGCAUUGUGCACAAGAUCGCGGAAACUCUAGACAAGGUUGCAGAGAGCAUAGACGGUAAUGAUUUUUAACAAGGAGGUAGAGCCAGUAUAACAACGUACCAGAGCAACGACAUGGUACCUUGAAUAAAGUCGCACGAAGAAGUAGGAGUACAACAACAAAUAGUUUUAUUAGAAUAUAACUACUUAGUUUUGAACUGUUGAAGGAGCAAUAGAAUGGUUCUGUAAAUGUGGUACGUAGAUGAACAACGUAGUCGUGUAGUUGUAGCUGGAGGAGAGGACGUAAAAAGAGGUAGCCUGGUGCUUUGGGGUCAACAUGGUCAUCAAGAACAUCAACAUGAUAUUUUGUUUUGUUCUUUCGCAUUCGCUUUCAAAACUAAACGAAGAUUUUCAAAUUCAAACCUACUGCUCUCCAGCUGAUGAUUUUUCGCCAAAGCAAGGAGCCGGAACUGAUGCACCCCAGCCUGAGCCGCCGGCAUUUGUCUCGGCAUUUGUCAAUUUCUACGGUGGUUUGCGAUCAAGCAUUACGCAAUCAAUUAUUGGGGAUGGGACCAAGAGUCCGGACGACGAGCAACCUCCGACUCUCGUGCCUUCGUCCUCGAGUUCACGAAGGAAACUCGAACCUCCGCCUCCGCCACAAGACUACGCGCCAUCAAUCGCAAACACCAUCAUAUCGAAUGACACUUGUUCAUCCAGUAUUUCUGAAAAAGCCAGCAGAUUAUCUUCUUCCUUGCUUGGAGGUGCUGGAACAUCUUUAGGUGGAAGUACGAGUACAACUGGAGGUGGAAGCGCAGCUGCACCGCCGGCACCUCGACCUCCUCCACCGCUUUCCGGAGUAAGCUCGCAGCCUGGAGCGUCAACUGGAAGAAAGCCUGUGCCACUACCACCUCCGAUUGUGGAAUUGAGAACGCCUGGUGAAGAUGUAAAUUCGGCGAAGACUGAAUCAGGACAAGGAAUGAACGCACCCUCUCUAAGUCUAACAAAUGGAACAGAAAGUUUCGCCACUACAGAUGACAACACAAGGGCUUCAACAUCAAGUAAUCCUGUUUCGUCAACAGAGGGCUCGCAGUCGUCGUCGACAGAAGCAGGAUCGACCGAGAAAAGUCUGCAUCUACCCAAGCCGCCGCCUCCGAAAAGAGCAGGCCUUGUGGUCUAA